ACAUGAACGGGUUUUAUCAAACCAGGACAAAAUUUAACAAAGCUACUUUCGGUUUGAAAUACUGCUAUACUAUUAAUACUACUUCGUUUUAUUUGAACAACAGUCAGAUUCCAUUCAAAGGAUACAUUUGACCCGGUGAUAUCAUUCCGGCUGAGGAAUGAAUACCGCGGGCCAGGGUUGAAAGCUGCCGUGGACGCAACAUCAUGGUAACAAUGGCAUACAUGACCAAUCUCAUGGGCUAGAUGUGCCGUCAGAAACUUUCACUGCGCAGUGUACUGCUGAGACUACAGGAAGCAUUAGUGAUGAGGCAGGAGUUUCAUGGCAAGAACAUAAUGGUCAGCCUAUUAAUAAACAGGAGUGUGUAGUUCUAAACCACCAAACCCCAAACGAAGAUACAGGGAAAAUGUCGAAGAUGGAAGCACAAAGUGAAGCUCGCAGGGAAAAUAUUUGUCAGUUGGGAAGUAAAAGAAGUGAAACACAAUUGCAGGUAGAAGUAAAUUUCAGCAUCGGCGCCAGGAAAAACUUUACAAUCAGACCGCAUUUAGAAUGCAGUCUACACGAAUAUAUGGUAUGGAAGUAUAUGAUGAAUUCACCAAGGCAAUGUGACAAUUGUAGAAAACACUUUUCGUCUGAAAACAUUACAUUUGAAUCAGACUCUUCAAUUACUAUAAAAUCUCCUGUUUCAAAUAAGGAACACGCAAGGCAGAUCACAAGAAAGGUCUUCGAAUAUGCUGUUCACAAGCUUGGUCCAAUACUGAGUGUAGUGUCGAUUGAAUGUAACACGAAAGGUUCCAUAAAAGAAGCAGAGAAAUUAAAUGAAUCAUUCGGUCAGGAAAUUGCUUAUGCUGAAGUUAUUCAAUGUCGCAUUUAUGUUGUUUUUCCAACUGGACAAAGGAAAAACGUUAAGCAUUUUAUUGCAGGCUGUAAAAAUGAGAUAGGAGAAGUUUUGAUAACAAGACAGUUAACAGUUAAAAAUGUGUUACUUAAAAUCCCGUCAAUAAAACAGGCUUACCUGGACAGCGGUACUGUUUGGUGUAGACCUGGGGAUCAAGAAAAUGAAACUGUGUGCAUAGUAAAAGGCACAGAAAGUGCUGUAAAAAUAAUUGUCAGUGAGCUGGAAUCAAAAAGGAUAUGUUUGAAAGCGCAGGAUGUGAGUUUCUGUGCCAUGAUAAGCAAUGCUCUAGAGGAUUUUCAUGUUGAAGACGUUGUCAAUAAGCGUUUAGAAGAAUGUUUUCCAAACUGUGUUUCAGAGCAAGUAAAUACAUGCCUACCUUUAUUUAGUAUUAAUGAAAAGGAAUUAUUAAAUGCGGUUUCGUAUGUUGGCAACCUGAUCGUAGAAUGGGAAAAACAAAUACAGGGAGAUAAAGCUAAGAAACAUGCGAUUCUGAAACAUUUAAAGGAAAAGUAUGAGGGUCAAAUGGUAGUAGGCUUUGAUGAUAAAAAUAGCUUUUUAUAUAUAGUAGGUCUAAAAGAAGCUGUAGAAAGUGUGCAGACCGAGAUAUCGGAUAUUCAAGAAGGGCGAGUCAUUGUAUCUGAUAUGGCUGUCGGUGAUAUCGAAUCGCAACCUGAAGUCAAUGACAACUACCUAGUGCGUUCAAGUUUGCAUUUAAGAUAUUUGGAAAACUCCGAGUACAUAAGAAAACGAGCUGAAACAUUAAAUGUGAAGAUAGAGUUCCUACAGAAGGGUUAUUCAGUAGAAGUUUAUGGUUCCAAAGACAAAGUACAAAAAGCCAUUCAAUUCAUUGGAAAACUUGAAAAAGCUAUUGAGAGAGAAGAGAUCGUGUUUACAGAGAAUAAAUCCGUUCAGCUAUUAUUGUAUUCUGAUUCAAGUCUUCAAUUUCCUCAGAUAGAGAAGGAUUUCCAUGUUUUACUCGAGAAGCAGAACUUUCAAAUAAUUGGUAACAAAAAAACACAAGUUUUCAAAGAAGUGCAUGACGAUCACACCCAAUGGUCAGUCUCUAAAAACAAGAAAAUAAUUCAGUUAGAGACUUUAUGCCUGGAAAAAGUGAGUGCAUUUGUUAAGAUAAAACCCACAAGAAGAAGUCAAAAUCAAGGGAACAUAUUAAAAGGAGGAUACAUUGUGGAGAUGGGCAUACCUCCACGGAAGGAUGGAAAUCACUCAGAGAAUGAAAAAUUGACCAACACCCUGUCGAAAGUUAUGAAUGAGGCGAGUUGUAGCAGGGAGCACACAUCAACUGUUGCAUUUUUAUUAACAUCCGUCUCAGACUGGACCUUUGACAGAUUCAUGAAAUGCGUUGUAAACUUCAUCAUGAAAUGGCUUCUUACAUGCCCAAAUGAAUUGCCUCACACGGUAAAACUGUGCAUAGAAGAUUCGAGGUAUUUGUCAAACACGGGAGUAUACAUUGAUCAGUGUGCUGCUUUCCACAUUCAAGUGUCACAACAGAUACGGGACCUACAGACUACUGUUUGUAAGGGUCAGUUAGACCAAAUAGAG